CGGUACAUAACUGUGCCAAGAAUUUGUUAUUUAUUUUUAUUUUGAAUAUUACUGUUUUAAUUCUCCUAGAAAUCAUCUUCGGGUGCUAUACCACAUACACGCGUUUUAUUUUAUUUUCCUAAUCAAUCGUGACCGUAAAACACAAUCAUGGGGAUGAUACAAUCGCUCAUUUGCUCUGUUAUGUUUUGCCUAGAGAGGGUUUUGACAUGGGUGUGCUUUGCAUUCGUGCUAAUUUUCCUAAUGGGUAUGAUGCUGGUACUGAUGGUUUACGGCAUUUCGGUCGGGUAUCACUACGCACAGAAAGAACUUGCAGCAUUUGCUAUGACAUCAAGAACAACAACACCUGAGACCCUGAGGAUGGGACGGUCAGGCGACGAGUCCAGACCAGUCGUCCGACUAGUCGCCGUCAAUAGAUCCUCGAUCGACAACGCGCCGCGGCCGAUGCUUGAGGUAUAUCAGAACAGACCACCUCCUGAAAAAAUUGUAUUGGAUAAACCAGCAACACCUAUUGUUCUAUUGGAAACGGAAAGUCCUCCACCGGAGCCAGAAUUGCUGCCACACGAGAGAGACAUAGCUAAAAGACUAAUCGGUCGCUUCAGACGGUCAAAGAAUAAUACAAUGACUACUACGGCUAUUCCAUUCUUAAGACCUUUUAAAGCUACGACUCACUCAGAUAUCAUAAUGGAUGACCAGAGUACAGAUCAGAAGAACUUUAGCCCCUCAUUAUACUUAACUAAAACUCUCGCUGCAGUAUAAUGA